UCUGGGAAUUGAAGUGCCGCUGCUGGCAAUCGCGCAGCCAGGCAUGUGCGGCGAGCUCGAAACGUGGCUAGUGGCUAUCAACCAGCCAGCUUUCUAAACCAAAUCGAGCUUUCAGUUGCGAGUCAAUAUGUCGUUUUGUUUUAAUUUUGACUUAAGUGCAACGACAAACACGGACGACGUCCAGGGGAAAACAUCGUCAACUGACAAGAUUGACAUUGUUGCGAAACCUGUAAAUGAAAGUGGUUGCCCAGCAGAGGCAGUAAAAGAGGCCAAAGAGCACUUUCCACCAUCUGAUUCUCUCCACUUACUUGAUGACGCCAUUUAUGAAACCCUCACCAUUGGCACUCUUCCUCCCUUGCACUUUCUCAACGAGACAGUUUUUGAGAAGACCGUCUAUGAGAGGGAGGACACGGAGAACAUUCUGUGCCGCACGGCCGAGCAGAGGUCUGACCUCAUCUCGGGAGUGUAUGAGGGCGGAUUGAAGGUGUGGGAGUGCACAUACGACCUCCUGGAGGUAAUCGAGAGGGAAGGCGAAACGUUUGGCGGCAAGGCUGUCUUGGAUCUCGGCUGUGGCACCGGGCUUUUGGGAAUUUUGUCUCUGAAGAGAAAAGCCAGGGAAGUCCACUUCCAGGACUAUAACAGUACAGUCCUUGAACAGCUCACUGUGUCUAAUGUAAUUCUCAAUUGCCAAGAUGAUGACUGUGAUAAUGAUGAUGAUGAUGAUGACAGUAAAGGAAAGAAUAAGGGAACAACGGACAAGGAAGAAGAAUGUAAGAUAAAACUAAAACAUGACACAAGAGAUCUUUUCCUGCAAAGGUGUCGGUUCUUCUCUGGUGACUGGCGCACCUUUCUUAUUUUGGCCUCGAGUCAGGACCCAUCGUUGAAAUAUGAUAUUAUCCUGACUUCAGAGACAAUCUACAACACAGCUUAUUACCCUGCGCUACACGACACCUUUCAUAAACUUUUGGCACCGCGUGGGCACGUCUAUGUGGCCACCAAGUCCCACUACUUUGGCGUGGGUGGUGGUUUACAUCUCUUUGAGACUUUUGUGCAGGAAAGGGGGGUUUUCUCUCUGAAUCACCUGUGGGCUAGUGAAGAUGGACUUCAGAGACAUGUUGUUGUUUUGCGUUUUAAAAAAGAAUCACACUAGCUCACGGCGGGCCAAGUGAAAACAGGCCAACCCGUACAAAGAUGCCCACAACAAAUAUGCCUAUAUUACAAAACUAAAAACACAUUUUAAAAAUGCCAAUUCGUACUUUUCUUCAAUUCGAUUUUUUUUUACUAAAAUAUUUAAAAUAAAUGCAGUGUACUUUUCAAAAGUUUGGAGUCGGAAUUUUUUACAGUGACAAUAACAAAUUAACCAGAAAAACAGUCUAGACCAGGGGCUCACAGACUGGGUGCCCACGGGAACCAGGUAGUGCCCAAGGACUACAUGAGUAGCCUACGAGCCUGUUCUCAAAAGCUUACCGCCCUGCUUUGAAUCUCACAAAGAACUUUGCCUGCCUGUCGGACCGCUAUUGGAAUUUGAAAUAAUGAAAUAUAGAAAUAUUUGUUUCUUUAAAAAUAGUAGCAUCUACAGUAUAUGCCAUGCAUUUUAAGUUUGAGUGUAUUUUUGAAAUGGAAAACCUCUGAAGAUAGUUAAAAAUUGACUGACACGUGAGCCACACGUCCUACUGUGUAUUCAAACAUGUUUAAUAAAAAAAUUGAUUGACAUGA